AUGCCAGUCGCAGUCCCACGACAGACUGAUACAGCUCAGACGGCGCCGCAAAAACGAGGUCUCACGUCCGGCCAGCACGAGCCUGAUGAGUCGUUGGUCCAGUCAUACGAUGCUUUUCCACAAGAGAUCACUGGUCCCACCGUAUGGGAAAGGGAGAAGUUGUUGAAGGACGACAGUAUGUGGAAGAAGGCCUGGUCAGCAGAGCAGGUCAAGGAAUUAGAGGACUCAUAUGAACAAUUCGUAAAGACUGGGCUGGGUUUACCUCAAAUCACCCGAGGGACAUUCCCCUUGUCCUCUUCGGUCACAUCGUUCCUCCAAGAGAUCAGAGAACACAUCGUGAAUGGCAUUGGAUUCGUCCUCAUCCAAGGUUUACCCGUGACUGAAUGGCCUAUCCAUAAGUCCGCUUCGAUUUACUUGGCUAUAGGAACCAUAUUAGGAGUGACAGUCAGUCAGAACAGAAAAGGACAUAUUCUCGGACACGUCAAAGACUUGGGAAACGAUCCCACCCAAAUCCACAAAGUCCGCAUCUACUCUACCGCCGCCCGCCAGUUUUUCCAUACCGAUUCGGCAGAUAUAGUCGGUUUACUAUGCUUAGCCAAAGCGAAGGAAGGUGGAGAGAGUGAUGUAGUCUCCGCCCAUCAUCUCUGGAAUACAUUGCAGAAAGAAAGACCGGACGUAGCAGAACUGUUGACCAGACCAAAUUGGUACUUUGAUAGAAAGGGGGAGACGUCUGAAGGGCAAAAGGAAUGGGUCCAAAAAGCGGUGUUCUACUGGCACGAUGGCAGAUUGAUAUCUCACUAUGAUCCUUACUAUGUGAAGUCGAUCACAAGACACGUCGAAGCGGGUCAUAUACCAGGACAUUCCCCAGCCCAACUCGAAGCUAUCCAAGUCUUGGAGGAUACCGCUCAAAGAUCAGCUUUGCAUAUGGUGCUAGCAGUGGGAGAUAUACAGUUUGUCGCUGACACGGAAGGUGGCUGGCAGAGACCAUAUCCAGAUAGCGAUUAUUACAAACGAGGUGGAACACAAGUCAACAACCAAUCUGAGACAUGCCCAUUAGACGCCGAAUAG